CGCACAUUUCAAUAUAGACUUUUUUUAGUGAGAGCAAAAAUUAUUUAAAACACCUUUUUUCGCGAUAUACUUAAUAGUUUCGAGAGAAUGUACAAGAAAAUCCUUAUCGGUUCGGCUGUUGCGCUUGUGUUGGGCAUAUUCGUUGGAUUUGUGGGGUUUCCAAAAUUGUUGAAGAAAAUGAUAAAGGGGCAAUUAAAUUUAAAGCCCGGCAGUGAGCCUCGUCAAAUGUGGGAAAAAUUUCCAAUUGCACUUAACUUCUCAAUUUACGUAUUCAAUGUGACAAAUCCUGAUGAGGUACAAAAUGGCGGAAAACCACAUGUGCAGGAGGUCGGACCCUUUGUGUUUGAAGAAUGGAAGGACAAAUACGAUUUGGAGGAUUUUGAGGAUGAGGACGCGGUUGCCUACAACAUGCGAAAUACCUUCAUUUUUAGACCAGAUAUGGGACUCAGCGGUGAGGAAUUAAUCGUAAUGCCUCACCCACUAAUACAAAUUAUGGCCAUCGCCGUGAAACGUGACAAAGCAGUCAUGAUCAACAUGAUAGCCGAGGGCAUUGAGGCGCUCUUCAAGCCCACUACGCCUUUUGUGCGCGCACCCUUCAUGGACAUCUUCUUCAGGGGUAUCGAUGUUGACUGUUCAGUGGAUCAUUUCGCAGCUACAGCAAUUUGUCUCAACUUUCAUACUGGUGCGGUGAAAGGAGCGGUCAAAGUGAAUGAUACACAUUUCAAAUUUUCACUAAUGGGAGGGGCCAAUCACACUGACGCCGGUCGCUACAAAGUCGCCAGAGGUGUCAAGGUUAGCCGCGAUAUAGGGCGCGUGCUGGAAUUUGAUGACGCUGAUGAGUUGAAUGUGUGGGAUGGUGAUAAUUGUAAUCGUUUUCAUGGCACUGACACAACAAUUUUUGCACCCCUAAUGAAACCCGAGGAAGGUUUGUGGUCUUUUGCUGCUGAUCUAUGCCGUUCUUUGGGUGCGGAAUUCGAGAAGAAAACCAGCUAUGCAGGCAUACCGGCGUAUUAUUACACAAUCGAUUUGGGAGAUCCAAAGAAUGAACCCGAGAAUCAGUGCUUUUGCAGAAACUACCCAGAUGAUUGCCCGCCUAAAGGAACUAUGGACCUAACGCCAUGCAAUGAGGCGCCCAUGAUUGUCUCGUUGCCACAUUUCUUCAGAGCUGAUCCGCAGUUGGUAGCAGAUGUGGAUGGUUUGCACCCGGAAGAGGAAAAGCACGGGGUUUUUAUAAUUUUCGAAAGCAUAUCUGGCACUCCCUUAUCUGCCGCUAAACGUUUACAAUUCAGUCUCUCCGUCAUGCCCGUGCCUGAGGUUGAGGUUAUGAAGAAUUUGCGCACUCUCACCAUGCCACUAUUUUGGGUCGAAGAGGCGGCGAGCUUGGAUAAAACAUGGACCGAUAUGUUAAAGAAAAAAGUUUUCCUAGUGAUUAAAAUCAACAACGUCUUUAAAUGGUUGUCCACGGUUUUCGGAGCCCUGGGCUUACUAUUCAGCCUCUAUAUGCUUUACAAUAACAGACAAAUUUCGUUGACAAAUGUUGCACCAACUACCGAUACUAAUACUAUCGAUAAACAUUAACGCAAUUUACAAAUUAGUGAAAUGCAUACAAAUUAUAGAGUGGAAAAAGGCAGGACUUGAAAUAAGAUAUCAGUGAAUGUGUUAACAUGCUGUAAUAAUGUAUGUAGUAGUAGUGGUAAAUAUGUAAAAACAUACUUAGUACAUAGA